AUGGGCCCCAAAAGUCAGGACUGGGUGCAAGACUUGCAAGACACGACGGAUACGCUGCGACGAAGGGAAGCCGCAUUGUGCUUGAAAGACAAGUUUCGUUGUGAAGGGUACGAACCUCCAAAGACCUGGCUGUUCGAGCCAUCUCCGAAAGAGAAGCUGGAGAGAUCGGAGUCAAAUCCACCUCUUCUCCAGCCAUUGGCGUCCCAUUCGGACUCUCCUACAACCAAGGGCAAUCAGACCUUUGCCGAUUUGAGCAGGUUUCUUCUCGAACCCUCAAGUCCGUGGGUAACGGACGUGGACCGAAGCUACACCCAGCUGUUCCUCCUGAAAACCGCGCCUCUUAUCUCUACCACCAGAAAGUGGCGUCACUUCUGGCAAUUCAUCGUGCCUCAAGCUGCUUGGGAUAACCCAUCGGUCCAUCAUGGAAUGGUCGCGGUCGCAGCGACCUUCGACUCGUAUAUUUCGGGGGCCGACCACACCACCCUCAUAUUAGACCGGAGAGCCCAGGCUGUUCGUGCAUUCACGAACCACCCUCCUUCGUGGGACGUGGCAUUGAUCCUCUGCCGAUUGUUUUCCUCGAUGGCCCAGUGCAACGGGGAUUUCACUGCCGCCAUGGCACACAUGAAAAGCGGGGAGAAGAUUCUCCGCGAAGCAACGCAGAAUGGACAGACACGGUCAGACAUUGUUCGGCUCAUGGCUGCCACCUUCAUGGGUCUAUCGGCCGAUGCGAACAAUGAUAUCAGCGUCAUCAGGCGAUUUCUCCCGAGCAAGCGCCGCGCCUUUCUCGAGCUCAAGGUCAUAGGCUCUGACUAUGGAAGGCUUCUGCGCCGGAUAGCGCCAGGGCACAACCGUGAGGUCGAUACGCCGACCAUGGGCUUUCUGUCGAUCGCCUUCACCAUGAUGAACCAAGCCAUCAGCUCUGCGAUGUACCCGGACCUCCUGGUGUUUAGUGGCGAUGACGGGGUUGUACCGGCGGCGCAAAUCCGCACCCAUUUGAUGCGAGAGGACUCCCUGUUAGCUCUGGACGACCUGAUCAUCAUGUAUCCAUGCCUAUGCUAUGAGCUGGAGCAGUACUUCGAGGCGCGCGCCACCACCGCCGCCAGAGACGCUUCGGUGGUGUCGACCCUUGACGAUCUGAAGAAGCGCCUCAAACUCCUCGUGGACAACUACGUCGUGCAAGCAUUAGAAGUCGAGCCCCGCAUGACGGCCGGCACGUUUUGGCUUGAUGACGAAGGGCUCUCGGGGUGCUUGAUGGACAAACACCUCGAUCGGCCCCAGAGCGGCGUCAGCCCGGAUCUGGGUCAACAACAGGUCGAUGCCGGCCACCAUGAAGACCCCGUCCUGCGCGAGAGAAGGGAGUACUACCACGAAUAUGUCUGUCACUACAAAAGCGGCUUCAUGUGUUGA